AAGUCUGAAACGCACGGGCACGGCGCCAUCGCCCUCUCCCUCUCGUUUCGUACUUUCGUCUCGGCUCCUCCCCCUCCCCUCCCCUCCCCCAGACAAAUCCAAUCCGGAAUCAACUGCCCCCCUCGCUCCGCCGGGGAGAGGAGAGACAAGCGACGCCGCGCUCGCUCGCCGCCCCGCCGCGUCGACCUCUUUCUCUUUCUUCCCGGAGCCCCACCGGAGGCGUAGACGGGCGGGCAGUCAUCCCGCGCCCGACGCCGCUAUGCAGAACCAGAUCGUGUGCCACGCGUGCCGGACCGUCCUGCUCUACCCGCGAGGGGCGCCCAGCGUCUGCUGCGCGCUGUGCCAGGCCGUCACCACCGUGCCGCCACCAGGACUAGAUAUGGCUCAGCUUAUAUGUGGUGGUUGUCGAACUUUGCUGAUGUAUACUCGCAGUGCAGACACUGUAAGGUGUUCGUGUUGCAAUACAGUCAAUCUUGUUAGACCAGUGAAUAAUAUAGCUCAUGUAAACUGCGGCCGCUGCCAGACAACUUUGAUGUAUCCAUAUGGAGCACAUUCAGUAAAAUGUGCCAUAUGCAAUCAUGUCACUGCUACUGGAGUAAAUACAGUGGCACCCACAACAUCCGCAAGGCCAGCAUCCAAUGGACCUUCAUAUAGUACCUCAUCUACUUCUGCUCCUAAAUCUCAACCCCAGAAUGUAACUGUUGUUGUUGAGAACCCUAUGACAGUUGAUGAUAAGGGAAAACUUGUGAGCAACGUUGUCGUUGGAGUCACAACUGGGAAAAACUGACUGCUAUCAUUACGUUGUACAUCAUUGUUGUGUGUUCUAUAUCAGAAGCCAAGAAGUACCAUAAGUUAUAGUGCUGCCCAGUGAUUGGUUGCUUGGUUGUCCUUGAAGAACAAAGAUAUUGCUUGGUUGUCCUUGAAGAACAAAGAUACACCAAGUAUUUCUGGGAUCUUGCAAAUGAACCCAUGAAGGUCGAAAUCUGUGUCUUGAAUCGAUCGAUUCUUUUUUUGUGUGUAUAUGAAUGCUGCUAGAUUUCACCGUGUGAUCAGAUAGUUGAGGGGAAUGAUAGCAUAGUUUCAUUUAGUUGUAUACAUGCUUUGGUACAAUUUGUUUGUUAGUUUGUGUUGUCUUCAAUCUUUAUUGUUGAUAGUGGUUACUAUUAUACAUGUACGGUUUGCAUUUUAGAAGGAAUAUACUGCAAACAAUGACACUGAAUAGGAGCUGUGAUACUCAGAUCGACCAGUGACUUUUCCUUUGGCUUGAGCA